CUCCACCUACUUUACUUCAUCCGGAAAAAUGGUGUGAGGAGUUCAACCACUUUAUUUCACAGCAUGAAAGAAUGCAUACCAGAAGACCCUAUCAUGUGGAGGAUGCUGAAAAAUACUGCCUUGAGGAUGAUUUGGUCAAUUUAGAGGUUCUGGAUGAGGAUACAAUUAUUUGUCAGUUGCAAAAGCGUUAUGUGGACUUGCUGAUCUACACAUAUGUUGGAGACAUCUUACUUGCCUUAAACCCCUUCCAGAAUCUAAGCAUAUACUCUCCACAGUUUUCCAGACUUUAUCAUGGGGUGAAACGUGCCUCAAAUCCUCCCCACAUAUUUGCCUCAGCAGAUGCUGCUUACCAAUGUAUGGUUACUUUCAGCAAAGACCAGUGCAUCGUCAUUGGUGGAGAAAGUGGCUCUGGGAAGACGGAAAGUGCCCACCUGAUUGUUCAGCAUUUGACUUUCUUGGGAAAGGCCAAUAAUCACACCUUGAGAGAGAAAAUUCUGCAAGUCAACUCCCUGGUGGAAGCCUUUGGAAAUGCAUGCACUGCCAUCAAUGACAAUUCCAGCCGUUUUGGAAAAUAUCUGGAAAUGAUGUUUACGCCAACCGGAGCUGUGAUGGGGGCAAGAAUCUCUGAAUAUCUACUUGAAAAAUCCAGAGUCAUAAAACAGGCAGUGGGAGAGAAAAAUUUUCAUAUAUUUUACUACAUUUAUGCUGGUCUUUAUCACCAGAAGAAACUUUCUGAGUUCAGACUUCCUGAAGAAAAGCCUCCUAGGUAUAUAGCUGAUGAAACUGGAAGGGUGAUACACGACAUAACUUCCAAGGAGUCUUACAGAAGACAAUUUGAAGCAAUUCAACAUUGUUUCAAGAUUAUAGGGUUCACUGACAAG